AUUAUUUAUUUCAUUUGUUAUCAAAAUCUAACUUAAAUCUUCGCGUCUAUUGAGUCAGUGAAGCGACCAAACCCUCUAUAACCAGAUUUUAAAAAGUUACAUAGCCGGUGAAUAAACAAUCUGAUUAAAUCAUUGAGAUUUAAAAAAAGAUAAAGAUAUUAAUUUCCAAAUAACAAGAAAGAUAUAACUUCCGAAUCAUAUGGCGUUUAUGAAAAAUUAACGACAUCCUCCAUGGGAACAUCUUGAUGAUUGUUAAUAAUUUUUCGGACUCAUGCACGAUCGGGUCGAUAUGGGGGUUGACGCGUGCGCCGACGCCGCGUCGGGACGCCAUACCUCUUGUACUUAUGGUGAUGGCGAUACCAGCAAAAAUCCUGACGCAGAGGUAAAGAGCGGACAGGAAGGAAAGAUGUUCGAGCUGUACGGUGUUAGUAAGGAUGGCAUGGUCUACCGUUCGCCGCCUCCCAGAAGAAAGGAAGUCGACAUCCUGGAGACUUGCCUGCAGCUCUCGCCAGAACUCAUGAGAAAAUUGCCUAACGGCGAUGCACUGCACCACAUCAAGGACACGGGUGUCUCGACUUCCUUCAACAAGGCUAAAGAAUCGCCAAGAGAGAGCAGAGGAAGUGCCGUGAGACGAUGGAUAGUAAUGACUGGGUUCUUCUUCCUCGGAUGUGCCUUAGUGGCCGGUGUAGGUCUACCCCUCGCCUUGGAACUCCGAAGUUCUCAUCUGCUGGAAGCCAGAUUGCAGGUGGUCCGAAGAAUGCUCUCAGAGACUCCACUGAUCGAUGGGCACAACGAUUUCGCUUGGAACUUGCGCAAGCACCGUGGCAGCACAAAACUGGAUAACUUCCCCUUCGACGAGGAUCUGUCGCGCAACAGCAGCUGGGGUCCUCAAUGGCAGACCGAUCUAAUCCGCUUGGAACAGGGGAUCGUCGGGGCGCAAUUCUGGUCGGCCUAUGUACCAUGCGAGGCACAGUUCCUCGACGCCGUGCAACUCACCCUCGAGCAGAUCGACAUCGUGCGUCGACUGACGUCACGCUAUCCCAAACGCAUCAGGCUGGUGAGGACGAGUGGCGAGCUGGAGAACGCACAUCGGGACGGGGUGAUCGCCAGCCUGGUGGGAAUAGAGGGUGGCCAUAGCAUCGGCACCUCCAUGGCGGUGCUGAGGAGCUUCCAUCGACUGGGCGCGCGUUAUAUGACACUGACCCACAAGUGCAACACUCCAUGGGCGGAUUCGUGCUCCGUAGACGAUCCGAACUCGGACGCACCCUCCGAUUUUCACAGCGAUGGUCUCUCGCCGUUCGGCAAGGCGGUUGUUCGGGAAUUGAAUCGACUCGGUAUGCUCGUAGAUCUUUCUCACGUCUCGGUGAGGACGAUGCAGGAUGCCCUCGCAGUGACAAAGGCGCCCGUUAUAUUCUCGCACAGCGCUGCCAAGGCUCUCUGCAACUCUUCGAGCAACGUCCCGGAUGAUGUGCUGCGGAAUUUGUCUCUCAACGGUGGUCUGGUUAUGGUCAGUUUCGACAGCGCGCAUUUGAGCUGCGGCGAUAAGGCCUCUAUGUACGACAUCAUAGCUCACAUCAAUCAUAUCAGACGGACAGCUGGCGUGAACCACGUGGGCCUCGGUGCGGGUUACGAUGGAAUAUCGAGGCCACCGACGGAAUUGCCAGACGUUUCCGGUUACCCCUUGCUACUCGCCGAGCUGACCAGAGACCGUAGAUGGUCCGCGACAGAUAUAAAGAAACUUGUGGGCGGAAAUCUGUUGCGCGUCUUCAAGGAAGUGGAGGAUCACGCGGCGACCCUGUCGCAUCAGUUUCCGGCGGAGGAGUGGAUCCCUCAAGAGCUCAUGGAGGACAGCGCCUAUUGCAGAUACCACGACACAUAGAAUCAUCUUUUGUUUGAUUUCUAUGAGGUGUUCUCUCAUGUAAAAAGAAACGCACGUCGAUCGUCUUUGUACCUGGGGACGCUCCAACUGUUUUACAUUUUUAAUAAAGUAGCGGUAGAUCUUUUUCUCUUUAAAA